UUUUUAUUAGGUUGGUGUUACGGUUGGUCACACUGUAUCACGAUAAACGCUCCCGUGGCGUCUCUUAUAAAACAUAAACAAAUUCUUUCACCUGAAAUUUAAAUUUUUGUGUCGCGGAAAUGAAACGUAAAGGAAGAAAAAGCAAAAAGGCCGAAACCGACACCCCAAACGGCCUAAGCGAUGAGAAAGACCAGAACGGCGACGCUUCCGAUCGGGAAGAGCACGAAUCGGAACCGGAGGAAAAAAAACGCAAAUCAAACAAGCGCAAAGGCUAUUCGAAGAAAGCGGAGGAAGAAACUGAAGAGGAGCCGCAAUACGAGGUGGAGCAAGUCUUGGACGAGAAGGUCAUCAGGGGGGUACACCAUUACCUCAUUAGAUGGAAGGGUUACGAGCCGGAAUCGGACACCUGGGAGCCCGAAUCGACUCUCAAUUGCCCCGAAUUGAUCGCGGAUUUCAAAAACAAGCAGAAGAAGAAAGGCAAAUCGAAAGCAGGACGGAAGAGAGCCAGAGACAGUGGGAAAAACAGCUCCACUGACGAAACAUGGGACGAAAAUGAAGAUUUUGAGGUUGAUCGCAUUCUGGACGUCUACUUUAAAAGAAACGGCCAACGUGAAUUCUUAGUGUCAUGGAAGGGUUACCCAAAUUCACAAAACAGUUGGGAGCCCGAGGAAAACAUGGAUUGUAAAGAUUUAAUCAAGAAAUUCAUGAGUAAAGUGGAAAAAGCUAAAGAAACCGAACACAGAGAGUUACGUGUCAAUAGGGCACACACAGAUAGAUUGACGCUCCUUUCUGACGGCCAUUUGGGGCGUCGUUUGAGCAAACGAAAUCUAGGAAAACAAAGGGUUCAUUACCAUGAUGCUGAAUAAAAACCAAGUAGUACAAUAUCAUUCAAAAAUGUUUGUGUUAAGGCAAAUUAUGUUUUGGUACUAUCAAUUGCUGAUGUUUUUCAUUUAUUGAAGAGAGUUUUUUUUUAUUAUUAUCUAACUAUAGGUACAUAAUAUCUAGGGUAGCUCUAAUAAAUAUGUGCAAAUACUUUAAGUUGUACUCAAAAUUUACAUAUUUAUUAAUAAGGAAAAGAAAUUAUCUUUAUUUAUUAGAUCAGAUUAUUUAAGUACUUCGUGUUUUGUGUAAAAUAAAUUUUUACAACUA